AUGGCCAGUGUUGAGGUUGCACACCAAGCACCACCAACAACAGUGCAAGAAAAUGAAACAACACCAGAGAUAAUCAAGACAGAGGAAACAAUUCCAGAACAACAACCAGCCACUGAAGUUCCUGCUGUGGGACAACCAGAAUCCGAAGUUCCUGCCACCGUAGUACCAACAGAAGAAACAACCGAAAAACCAACAGAAACAACUGCAGCAGAAGAAGCUGUAGAUGCUCCAGAAACCCAAGAUCCACUUGAAGUUGAGAACAAGGAAGUGGUAACAGAGGAAGCAAAGGAAGAGAACUUGGAAGCACCUAAAGAAACUAAGGAAUCGGUUGAAGAAGUGAAGGAAGAGGCGGAAGCAGUAGUGGAGGAGCCAAAAGCGACUAUUGAAAAUGAGCCAGCAGCACCACCACCAGCAACUGCAGAGGAUGUGAUUGAGAACAAAACAGUUGAAUCAGUGGAAGCUCCAGCAGCAGAGGAAGUUCCAGCUGAGAAUCCUGAAGCUUAA